CCAGGUGGCCAAGAGCCCCUGCUUAUGGCGACAUCUAUUGGUGAUUCAUUUUACGUCACUUGCGAUUACGGUGCAAUUAAUCGGUAAUUAUAAGUACAUAGCCAGUACGGAGCAAAAAUUUAGUUUCAUUGAAAUAUUUGUGAGCCAGAUCCACUCACUGACAGUUGCCGGCCCGGCCCCACCUGACCCGUUCCUGGGCGUUACCUUGACACCGCUUCGUGGCGUUGUUGCGUCGGUGGCGGCUCGCGGAGCGUUGCACGCGAUUCUGCUGCGCGCGUCGGUGUCGCGCGGAGACCGGUGUCGUGCCGGCAAAAUAGCGGUUUGCGAAUACCAAGUGCGCAUUUGUGUGGUGUUCAUAGUGGAGAGAAUUAGAUAAUAUCCGUGGUGUGUGUAAAUAGUGUGUUUUUAGGUAGAGAAGUACCUAUAAUACCAGUGUGUUGAAUCAGACGAUUCUGGUACCUAAAAUCUGUAGAUUGCAAUCAUCUAGACCAAAAGCGGUGCAGCCAUGUUCAAGUUCAUGCAUAAAAAGCACCCGGUGCCGGCCGAGAGACUACGUCACCAAAAGGAGCUCUUCCGCUACGCCAAGACUGCGCAGCAUGGCUUUCCCAGCAAGCCUUCAGCGCUGGCGUACGACCCGACUCUCAGCCUCAUGGCCAUCGGCACCAAGUCAGGAGCCAUCAAUGUUUACGGACAGCCUGGAGUGGAAUUCUACGGACAGCACAAGAACGUGGAGUCUGCCGUACGACAGAUCAUCUUCCUGCCCAACCAGGGUCGGCUGGUGACCCAUUGCGACGACAACACGCUGCAUCUAUGGGAGGUGAAUUUCCGAUCGGGCACCUCCGUGCUGGAGGAGGUCAACUCGACCACCAUGGAGGGCAAGCUGAAGACGAUCUCGACGUGUUGUCUGGAGGCGUCCGGGGAGCACCUGCUGGUGGGCACUGAGGGUGGCAACAUCUACCUGCUCAACAUCGCCUCCUUCAGCCUCACCGACAACAUCAUCUACCAGGAUGUCGUCAUGCAGAACGUACCGGACGACUACAAAGUCACUCCGGGCGCGGUCGAGUGCGUGCGCCAGCACCCGGUGUUUCCGGACAAGAUUCUGAUCGGCUACAACCGUGGUCUGAUGGUGGUGUGGGACCGCAAACAGUUGAACGCCGAGCGUGUAGGUAUUUGGGACCGCAAACUGGUCCAUGGCGAGCAGACGUACGUGUGUAACCAGUCGCUGGAGACGGUUUGCUGGUCGCGGGACGGCGCAGAGUUUAUGUCUGCUCACAACGACGGCAGCUUCAUCAUCUGGAACGCCAGGAAACUGAGUAAACCGGACGGUCCUCACGCGCCCUACGGGCCGUUCCCGUGCAAGAGCAUGACUCGGGUCAGCUGGGUCACCACCGACAGUGGCGACUGGGUGGUGUUUAGCGGUGGUAUGCCGCGGGCCAGCUACGGAGACAAGCACACCGUCUCUGUACUGAAACGGGACGCGCAGCGAGAGGAGGAGAAGCAUGUGGCGUUCGACUUCACAUCGGCCGUGGUCGACUUUGUGCUGCUCGGCGGCGAGGGAACCGAGUCGAAGGAGGGCCCUCACACGCUGCUGGUGCUCGCCGAGGAGGAGCUGGUGGCCGUCGAUCUCAGCUCGGAGGGCUGGCCCACCCACCAGCUGCCCUACCUGAGCAGUCUGCACAGCAGCGCCAUCACUACGGCGAGCUAUGUGACGGACUGCAGCGAGACGGCGUACCGACGCUUGGUGGCGGCCGGAGAGAGACAGAGGCAGCCCGCCAGUCAGAAGCCGUGGCCGAUAACGGGCGGUGAGCGAGUGGGCGAGCCGUGCUCCAGCCGGGACCUGCUGCUCACUGGUCACGAGGACGGCUCCGUGUGCGUCUGGGCCGCCGGAGACGUCUCACUGCGACUCAUCUACAGGCUGACCACGUCUCGGCUCUUCUCCGAAGAAGAGGACGACCGCGACCGGCGCGAGCGAGAACUGGACGAGGAGUUCCCUCCCCUGCGCUCAGUGGGAGUGUUCGAUCCUUACUCAGACGACCCCCGUCUGGCGGUGAAGAGAGUGGCGCUGUGCGGCGACUCAGCGGCCCUGGUGGUGGCAGGGACGGCUGGACAGAUCGUGGUCUGGAGGCUGGCAGAGGAAGAGAAGGAGGGGUACAAGGUCCAGCCGGUGCUGGUCGACCUGGUCUCCGAGCAGGACAGUUUCGCGUGGAAGGGCCAUGACCGCCUGCCGGCGCGGCCGGAGCCCCUCACCCUGCCGGCGGGCUACCAGCCCAGCAGCGUCAUACAGCUGCACCCGCCGGCGGCCGUCUCAGCGCUCAGUCUCCAGGACUCCUGGGGUCUGUUGGCGGCCGGCACCGGACACGGAUUUGUGCUGUUCGACUUCAUCCAGAACAAGCCCGUCAUGCACAAAUGCACACUGAACCCGCAUGACUACGCCGCCUCGGGAGAGUCCCCGAUGACCCGCGGUAAAUCUCUGAAGAAGUCUCUGCGCGAGUCGUUCCGCCGCCUGCGGAAGGGCCGCAGCCAGCGGGCGGCCGGCCCGCGCAGGGCGUCACCGUCCCCCGCCGGCGGUCAGACCCCCACGGCGGCCACCGACUCACCGGCCGCGCCGCAACACGCCCGGAGAGGACUCUCCCCGCCAGUGACGGUGUCCGAUGAUGACGUCCGGCCCGUGGAGCGGUCGGUUGAGGCUCGCAGCGAGGAUCCCGCCUUCUCCGGCAUGAUUCGGUGUCUGUACCUGGCCACCAGCUAUCUGGCCAGCGGCCAGCCGCCGAUGCGUACCCUGUGGGCGGGCACCAACAGCGGCGCCAUCUACGUGUACGCCGUCCACUGCGCCGCCGGAGAGAAGCGCAACACCACACCUGUCACCUGGCAGCCCGGCAAGGAGUUCCGUCUGAAGCACGGCGCGCCGGUGAUUGAUAUCCGUAUUGUGGACGCCGGCGGCCGGUCCGUGUGUCGGGCUCCGGCCGACCAGGCCGCCACUGGGCCACACAGGGUCGUCAUCGCCUCAGAGGAGCAAUUCAAGGUGUUCACCCUGCCAACCAUGCGGCCGUACGGCAAGUUCAAGCUGACGGCCGUGGAGGGCAGCCGCGUACGACGGAUCGGCUACGCCCGGUUCUGCGCCUCACCCACAGACGACUCGGCCUAUACGGAGUGGUGUCUGAUGUGCGUCACCAACCAGGGGGACAUCAACGUGUUCACGCUACCCGAGCUGCGGAGACAGAUGCACGAGGAGAGCAUCCGCAGAGAGGAUAUUCUCUCUGUUCGCGCCGGUCUGCGUGCCGCCUCGUCCCUGUCCCUGCCUCUCCGCGCCGCCUCCGCCGGGUUCCGCCGCCGGUUCCGCUCACUGAGCGGACGCGGAAGGCCCCCGCCGGGCACCGCCAGUCUGGCACUGAUACGCGGUAUCACCUCGCUGGUAUUCACCGAGCACGGUGAGGCGCUCUACCUGGCGAGCAGCUCCCUGUACCAGCGGCUUGCCCUCUCCUCUGGUGUAGCGGUCCGCCCCUCGUGCAGACUGAAACUGCCGGAGGGGGCCCGACCGGCCGCCGGAGCCGCCGCGCCGGCCGCGGCCUCCGCACCCGCAACAGAUGAGUCGGCUGCCGAGGCCAAACAGCGGACGGCGAGUGGGGACAGCCGACCGGCGGCAGAGGCCAGCUUCUCAUCCGGAGCGGACACCACAGUGGACUCGCACCGUGACUUCCUCAGCUCGUCUGAGAAGCCCGUCGAGUCGGCGGCGGCCGCCACCUCGGGCGCUGCGGGCGGCGGCGACGGCAGCGGUCCCAGCGAGCCGGAGGUGGUGGAAAUCUCCACCGAGGAGGCAGACCGACUCCUGAACGGCAUGAGGGGACUGGUGAACGGCGUUGGAGGUCGAGAGGAGAGAUCCGUGGAGAAUUACAAAGAGGAGAAGGAUGGGGUGAAGAAGUCGCUGGAGAAGUCGAAGGAGACGCAUAUCUCGGCGUCGGAGGAUGAACAGAAUAAUGUGACCGCUCAGCGAGAGGAGACGGAGCGUGUGCUCACAACCACCGAGUCGACCUCGGACUCUGUGACCACCCGCAGUAAGGAGGAGGUACGGGUGGUGCGUACCACGCGCAUCACGGCCGGUACUAAGGUGACAGAGGUGACCCCGCCCGCCACCACCGCCGCCGCCGCCGCCGCUACCACUGCCGGCACCAGGCAGAAUGGAAACGGAGGGGGCGGCAAGCGGCGUGCGCUGACCACGGGACCGUCCGUGACCCUGGCGCCCUCAGAGAGUGAUUACAACAGUAUGGACGGCGCCAGUGUCGGAGCCACCGAGGCCCCUCUGGCGCACUGCGAGGAAACAGAAACUGACCUGUAGACCACCAGGGCGGCGCCACUAUCGCCCGGCCGACAGGCAGUGUGACGUCACACAUUGGACGGUGACGUCAUGAUGUGUGAUGUCAUCAGAAGGACGGCGAAGAGUUGAUUGGGUUUCACCGUGGGACGCGAUGCGAUGCUUGUGUUCGCUGUAACUUGUGCCGUGUGAAACGGACGCGGGCUUGUGACGUCAUAGAUGUGUACAGUGAUUCGAUGACGUCAUCGAUAUGUGUGUGUGUGUGUGUGUGUGUGUGCUGUGUGUGCUGAGGGGCGGGGCUUGCGGUGAAAAAUAUCGCUCCGGCUGGACCGAAAACGGCAGACAGCAGCUUUGGGUAAUGCAUUUGUGAGUGAGAGACGCUUCUCCAAAGCAGCUGAAAAGUGUGACGGAAUAUUGGAUUGUACAGCUGAUGAGUUCAUGUUUAUGACGUCAUAAAUGAUGGAUUUGUGACGUCAUUCGAGCAGCAGCUGAGCGGUGACGUCACUAGGGCAGCCAAGAAGUGACCAUAUGGAAGCGUCUGACUUUGAGAGAACAGCAGCUGAUUGGGGCGAGUGAGGGACAGCUGAGAAGUGAGCGGUUGUGAGAGAGAACUCUAAUGUAAGAGCAGCAGCUGGAUGAGUGAAAUAAUUUUUGGCAUGAUAGAAAAAGCAGCAAAUGACCGAUGUAUUUUAUAUGUAAGAGCAAAAACAGAAUGCGUGAAGGUCGGACUCGGCGAUGAGAGAAGCGUUUAAUCGGUGUUUGAGUGCGCAGCUGGCCCGGUGUUUGUGCGGCAGCUGUUUGUCUCUGUGUUUGUGUGGGCGUGCGGCGGGCGCUGUCACCCGCUCUGUGUUGCUAUUUCCGUUUGCCCGGCCGCCGCCGCGUUUGGCCGCGUCCGCCCAGAGCAUAAUAUGUGCGGCGGCCGGUCUCCGUUUUAACAGUUAGCCAGUUAGUCAGUUAAUACACGGCGCGGAUACAGACGUUUGA